AUGUCGUACGCGAAAUCGACGCGCCCGACGCGGUUCUUAAGGGUGUGCCCGCUUCGCGCGCGCGACGAGGCGCGCGCGCUCGCCGAAGGCGCGGCGCGCGAGGCGGUGGAAGUCGACGCGCGGGACAUCGACGCGAAACGCGCGGUGACGUUCGAGUUCGCGCGCGUGGAAGACGCGACGGCGGCGCUCGAGCGCCUGCGCGGAGGACGCACGCGCGCGUCUGUGUUCGGCGCGGGCGUCGCGGACGGCGAGACGGCGCUCGCGUGUGGGUACAGCGCGCGGGCGAGCGACUCGCGAGCGCCGGAGCGCGAGCGAACGAAGGCGUCGCGACGGUCGUCUGUCGAGGGACUGACGCUGAUCGAGAAUUUCGUCACGGUGGACGAGGAAAGAGCGUUGGCGACGCUCGCGGCGACGUCGGGGGACGAGACGCGGUUGGCGCGGCGCCGGGUGAAACAUUUUGGGUACGCGUUCGAUUACGGCACGCGAGACGCGAACUUGAAGGUUGUCGACGAGAUUCCUGAGCUGGCGAUGGAAGUGUUGCGGAGGCUUCCGCGCGAGACGCCUGGGUAUGAAGGCGCGAUGCGGUGCGACCAGGUGACGGUGAAUGAGUAUCCUCGAGGCGUCGGCUUGGCUCCGCACGUGGACACGCACUCGGCGUUUGGCGACACAAUUUUAUCGCUCUCUUUGCUCGGGGGGACGGUGAUGGAAUUUAGGACGAGCGGGGAAGCGCAUCGGGCGAUUUAUCUUCCGCCUCGGUCAUUGCUAGUCAUGCAUGGUGAAUCGCGGUACCGAUGGCAGCAUUAUAUACCGCAUCGGAAGUUUGACACUCUCGAGGGCGAAGCCGCGCCGACGCCUCGAGACGAUGUGCGGCUCUCGUACACUUUUCGCGAGCGGAGAAGUGGACCAUGCGAGUGCGCAUUCCCGUUGCAGUGCGAUUCGAGGGAUGGCGCGCAGUCAAAGUGUAGCAAACGUAAGACGGGUAAGACCCAGGCGUUCGCAGAGCUCGUGGGAGAGUCGGGAGAUAGCUUUUAG